CACACGCUGACUCGGUGGGGGUGAUUAAUUGCCUCCGUCCAUCCCAGAGGAGGGAAACUGCCCCCGUGCAUCUCUGUCCUCUGCCGCAGCUCGCCAGUGUUAGUGCGGCUCCUGCGGAGGAAACAGCCAUGAGAGAGUAGCUGGCAUGCUGGACAAUUACCGUAAAUGGCUCCUCUGAAAGGGAAACGACGCCAGCGGCUGCUGCUUCUUGCUUUUUUUCUUCCAAUCUCAGGUGUUUUUAGCUUUAGCGAGUUAUUUUUCGUCAAAGAGCCCCGUGAUGCCACCGUCAUGCGGAAGGAGUCGGUCAUUUUGGACUGCCAGGCACGCGGAGAGGCAUCAAUAGACGUCAGGUGGCGGAGGAACGGAGUGAAAGUCGUGGAAAAUGAACGGAUCUACCUGCUUUCCAACGGCUCUCUUUUUAUUUCUGAGGUGGAAAGCAGAAGAGGAGACAAAUCAGAUGAAGGCUGCUAUCAGUGCCUUGCUCAAAACAAGUACGGAACAAUCCUGAGCCAAAAAGCCCAUCUCACAAUCGCAAGUAUGUCGUCUUUUGCACUCCAGCCGUCGUCCGUAGUGGUGGCUGAGGGUUCGGUUGCCAGGUUUUCCUGUAAAAUCAGUUCCCACCCUCCUCCCAUCAUCACUUGGGAGUUCAACCGGGUCACAUUACCCCUCUCCACGGACAGAAUCACAGUCCUGCCUAGCGGCGUUCUUCAGAUCCAAGGCGUGCAGCGAGGAGAUGCUGGGCACUACCGCUGCAUAGCCACCAACAUCGCCAGCCGGCGGCGAAGCACCGAAGCCAUUCUCACUGUUACCCCAGCUCCUGGCCCCAUUCUUCCUCAGAGGCCACACAUCAUUGCUGGGCCUCAGAACGUCUCUGUGUCGCUGCACCAGAGUGCCAUCCUGGAGUGCCUGGCCACAGGAAAUCCCCGACCCCUGAUCUCCUGGAGCCGCGCAGACAGCAAGUCUAUUGAUGUUUACAACACCAAAGUGUUGGGCAACGGUAACCUCAUCAUCACAGACAUCAAGCCCCAACAUGGCGGAGUCUACAUGUGCAGAGCCACCACUCCAGGCACACGCAAUUUUACUGUUGCUUCAGCUAACGUCACAGUGCUAGCGCCUCCAUCCUUCGUGGAGUGGCCAGAGAGCUUGACCCGUCCGCGAGCUGGCACCGCUCGCUUUGUGUGCCAAGCCGAGGGAGCGCCAGCGCCUCAGAUAACGUGGUUCAAGAACGGAGAGAAAGUUCACUCCAACGGGCGCAUCAAGAUGUACCACAGCAAACUGGUCAUCAACCAGAUCAUCCUGGAAGACGAUGCCAUCUAUCAGUGCCAGGCAGAGAACGAGCUGGGGUCGGUCCUGGCCAUGGCGAGACUCAUCGUGGUGAUGUCAGAGGACCGACCGAGCGCGCCCAGAAACAUCCGAGCUGACACCGUGUCCAGCUCCGCCAUCCUGUUGGCUUGGGACAGACCUCAGUACAACUCUGACAAAGUUAUUGCAUAUUCUGUGCACUACAUGAAAGCUGAAGGAUUAAACAACGAGGAAUAUCAAGUAGUCAUCGGAAACGAUACGACUCGCUACAUUAUUGAUGACCUGGAGCCGGCCCGUAACUACACCUUCUACGUGGUGGCCUACAUGCCCAUGGGAGCCAGUCGCAUGUCGGACCACGUGUUCCAGCACACGCUGGAAGACGUUCCUCUCCGGGCGCCGGAGCUCAGCCUGACCAGCCGCAGCCCCACAGACAUCCAGGUGUCAUGGCAACCUCUUCCCAUGAAGCUGAGUCGUGGGCGGGUUUCAAGCUACCGCCUGUCCUAUCGCACCAGUUCGGAGAGCGCAGUGUCACAAAUAGAGCUGCCUGGAGAGAAGACCCAGCAUCUCCUGGAAAACCUGCAGCCGGACACCAUCUACCUCCUGCGACUCGUUGCUGCCACCAGCGUAGGGUGGGGAGAGCAGUCCGCUUGGACGUCUCACCGCACUCCGAAGGCAUCGAGUGCUCAAGUUCCUCUUGCUCCUGAGCUGUACCUGGAGCCUCUGAACUGCACCACUAUUUCAGCUCGAUGGCAUUUGGCGCCCAGAAACUCGGCCAGCGUGCGCGGUUACAGGCUCUUCUACCACGAGGAAAGUCAGCUGGAAAGCGCUCCACUCCAGCUGCAGGCCUCCGCUCACAAACACACCAUUGGAGGCCUGGACCCAAGAAGGAAGUAUCAUGUCAAGCUGCUAGCUUACAACGCUGUUGGAGACGGGUACCAAGCAGAUCAGACCAUCAGCACUCCUGGAUGUGUCUCUGUUCGAGAUCGCCUCGUGCCGCCUCCACCGCCUCCUCACAACGUUCAGGCCCGGACCAACAGCUCCUCGGCCGUGUUUCUGUUCUGGGGCCGACCGGCCUUCACCUCCAGCCAUGCACUGAACUACACUGUCCGCUGCAACCCAGUAGGACUGCAGAACGCCUCGCUGGUCCUCUACCUGCAAACAGGCGAACAGAGCCUUCUUGUGCAUGAUCUCGAGCCGAACACCAAGUAUGAAUUUGCUGUACGCCUUCAUAUCGACCAGCUCUCCAGCCCCUGGAGCCCUGUGGUCUAUCAAAACACUUUCCCUGAAGCUCCAACAUUACCUCCUUCCAACAUCAAAGUGACGCUGAUUGAAGAAGACACGGCGCUCGUUUCGUGGAAACUCACAGAUGAGCCAAAUGUGGCCGUAACACACUACACUAUACUGUACGCCUCACAAAAUGCCUGGAUUGCUGGUGAAUGGCAAGUCCUGCAAAGAGAAGGAAGCAUCACCAUGGCGCUGCUGGAGAACCUGAGUCCAGGCCAGGUUUACUUGGUAAAAGUUUCAGCAUCCAACAACAUGGGCGACGGGCCGUUUUCUGACGUGGUGGAGCUGACGGUAAGGGCAGACCUCUCCUCUGGUCAUGAUGCCGGACUUUCCCAUGGCUCCACACACUCCACAGGCUUUUCUGAUGGCUUCUACCACCUGGACCAAAAGUCAAUGACGGGGAUCAGUGUGGGCGUCUGCAUCGCUCUCACCUGCAUCAUCAUCUGCGCUUUCAUCAUAGUCUGCAGGGGCAAAAACAGGAAACUAUCAGCUGUGAAAACGUACGGAGACGGGGAAAGCACGUCUGCUGCAGCUGCAAUACAUGUAGGACCGGAGGGAGACGUGCAGAUGGCCGAAGUGACUGUACCGAUGAUGAGUCAAGGUCAUUUCAUUGAUGCAAAGGGUGGAACCAGCCUGAUCAUAAAUUCUAACGGCCCUGUUCAGCCCAGCCCUGAUUUAAAGAACAAGAAGAAGAAGAAGAAAUGGUCUUUCUUUAGAAGUGCAGUGAAACAGGACAGGAAAAUUGUGCAGAAUGAAAGAAACGGCACACUCUCUUACCUGCCUGGCGCCACCGUGUUGACCUACGAAGAGGAGCUUUCUCCAAACCACCCUGCCACUCUUCAGCACCUGCUGGGUCAUCCUGGUGACGCAGAAGGCUCAUCCAACAGCGAGGGCAGCCAUGAAACGGGCGACUCCGGGCGCUUCUCUCAUGACGACACGGAGCUGACCAACUCUGGGCCCAACAGCCGCCCGCCGUCUCUGACAGAGGACGACGGAGGAGACUUUGACCAUGGCGGGGAGCUGCUGGAGAAGAGUCCUGCUGACCUCAAGCUGAAGGAGUCUGUCGAAGCCAGCUGCAGUCAUCAGGAAGUCCAGAGAAGUUCUCGGAGUGAACUCAGUGUGUAGCUGCGUCUGCGAGUUUGGAUGUAGGUGUGAGUGUGUUUCAGGAAGAAAGGGAGUGUAAUUCAAUCAUACAGCAGGUGAAAAGUAGGUUUGCAUGUUUACGCCACAUCUGGAUUAUUUGGUGAUUAUAAACUAAAAGAGAGUCGAUAAUUAGUUCACAAAAAGGUAACAAAAUCUGCCUACUACCUGACUACAUAGUAAUUAAUCAAUAACUAUCAUAAAAGAGACAUGAUCAAUAUCAAUAGAAAAUAUUUCCGAUAGAAUGAUUAAUAAUUUUACUGAACUCUAAUAGGUUUCCUCUGAGAUGUAGAAAGACGAAAGGCUUUAACUGUGGUUACCAAGGUUGGUGGAAUCAACUCACUCUUUGGUUACCUAGCAACAACCUGUUAAGUAACUUGAGCAGCAGCAGUUCAAGUUUUUUUUUCCAUUGUGCCUCAUCACUGCUUAAGAAUAAAAAUUAAAAACGGUGUGAAAUGAGAAAAUCUGUGUAAUAGCACAAGAGGAAACUGGAUUAACCAGUUUGGCAGUAUUUCGGAUAUUUAAAACAAAGACCCUUUGCAACUAGUCACUUAAUUAUUUGCAGCGCCAUGAUGGACAUAGGAAAUGAGGCCUGUUUUCCGAAGUUGUUGCCAGUUUAAUCAUGGCGUCGCCUUGUUCGAGUCAAGCUAAUUUGUCUUUGAGCUUAACACACCUGGUUGGAGCUCAUAGACGGCGGUAUUUACAAAAGUUUGACACUUAGAAACCGACCCGUACUUCCUCCCUCCUGACGUGUUGAUCAAAUUACCAACUUUGCCUGAGUUCAAACCACAUGAUUUAUUUCACUGUCAUGAACAGCGUUCUCCUUACGCAGGAGCAGACGUAAAGACUGACCGUUUUUUUUUUUGUAUGCUAGGCUACGUGACGGUGGGGCAUUGUUUCCAUGGUUAUUAAUGGUUAGACGCUACCGUCUCCAUAAUGCGAUACUUGACAUCUUUCUAAUCAUACUUACUUAUAAAGUACAUGAACAUUAGUCUUCUUACCUUGUAAAAAGCGUUCGCUGCAAAUCAGUGAUUACACCGAGGGCUGACAGUCAUUAUGAUUGACGGCUGCUAUCUAUCCAUCCCCGCCGUAUCUUUCCUCGUUAAAAGUUAUACAAUAAAACGACAAGUUUGGUUUUCACGCUUCUCUGCUUGUGACUGCGCAGCACCACGUGACCAUUUUAACUGCGAAAUCAACUAAAUAAAAGCGAUAUUAAGGUAGCGCAUGUGUUUUUGACAGGUUUUACUGGAGCACAUUGGUUGUUUUGACGUCCGUCGUGGCGGUGUGGGCGGAGUUUCGAAGAGAGUGACGUCACGAGCCGAGUGUCACUAUUUGAUCCGAAAUGCUUGAAUAUCUUCCAGCACUACAUAGCAAAAGUACACAUCCAGAAACUAAACAAACAACUUUCUGCUUUAUAGGUAGAUUUUGUUACUUUUGCGCUGUUCUAGAAUCAACUUGUCAAACACUCACUUAAAAAUUAUGCUGAAAUUACCACAAGGUUUGAAUGUGUGUGAGAGUUAAGUUUGAGAAAACAGUAAAGAAGCACAGUGAUAGGAACCAACAAAGACGGUAUGAAAGUGAUUUUGUUUAACUUUUUCUAUCUGUGAAUCUYUUUUUUUUUUUUUUUUUUUUUUUUUUUUUU